AUGACUAAGGAGUCCACACAAAACAAGAGCGAGAUGUCUGUCCAAAAGCCACAAAUAAAAUACACUCAACUUUUUAUUGACAAUCAAUUUCGGGAUUCAAUUAAUGGAAAACGAUUUCCGACUAUUAAUCCAUCGAAUGGCGAUGUGAUCGCUGAGAUCCAGGAGGCGGACAGGGAUGAUGUGGAUCUGGCCGUCAAAGUGGCUCAAAAGGCCUUUGAAUUGGGAUCCGAUUGGAGAACAAUGGAUGCGUCAAAGAGAGGACGACUUAUGGAGAAGUUGGCGGAUCUCAUGGAAAGAGAUGCCGAAUAUAUCGCUAGUUUGGAUACAUUAGAGAAUGGGCUGACUAUUAAUGAUACCAAACACUCGAUGCAAUUCGCUGUCCAACUGAUCCGGUACUAUGCGGGCUGGACUGACAAGAUCCAGGGAAAGACCAUUCCUUCAGAUGGAAACAUAACUACUAUAACGAGAAUAGAGCCGAAGGGUGUCUGUGCUAUAAUAAUCCCCUGGAAUUCACCGGUCAUUAUGUUGGCUAAGACUAUGGGUCCGGCACUGGCGGCCGGCAAUACAGUUAUCGUAAAGCCAGCGGAACAGACAUCUCUCAGCGCUCUAUAUAUCGCAAGUUUGGUCAAAGAGGCAGAGUUUCCGUCGGGAGUCUUCAAUGUUGUUUGCGGUUAUGGAGCCAUCACUGGUUCAGCCCUAUCAGAGCACAUGGAUGUCGACAAAAUCACAUUCACAGGCUCUACAGCUGUCGGUAAACUCAUACAACAGGCGUCGGGAAAAUCAAACCUAAAGAGCGUAACCCUAGAGUUGGGCGGAAAGAGUCCAUUAGUGGUGUUCAACGACGCGGACGUCGAUGAAGCCGUCCAUUUGGCGCACUUCGCGGUGUAUGUAUGCAAUGGACAGGUAUGUUGUGCGGGCAGUCGUACGUUCGUUCAGGAGGGCAUAUACGACGAGUUCGUGAAGAAGAGCGCUGAAGUAGCGGCCGCUCGAGUGGUGGGCGACCCCUUCAACACGAAGACAGUUCAGGGCCCGCAAGUGAAUGCCCAACAACUCAACAAAAUACUUGAACUCAUCGAAAGUGGGGUCAAAGAGGGCGCCAAACUGGAAACUGGAGGCAAACGGAUCGGUAAUAGA